AUGUCUGCUAUUUAUACUCCUUGGAUAUCCGCUGCCGCUGAAACUUGGCUAUGCGCUACGUUUUGCCUAAUUGAUAAUCCUCAUCCUGUUUCUAGGUCAAAGGCUGUUCUACUGACUAGGGACCUAGAUAUCCCAAACCCCUUCACCAAACAGCACACCGGAAUGGAGCAAAUUCCAAUAGGGUUUGUUCGCCCUAGAAGCCGCUCAAGCAAUCGGCAAACAAACAGAUUCCCGUCGAACACACCAGAUUUCGUUCCUGGAGUGCCAUAUUUUAGGCCUUCAUCGUCUAUAUAUUCCCGACCCUUAGCAUAUAAUGAUGAACACUUCAGUGUCGGAAGGAAUGUGGAAACGGAUAGGGGUCAAAACGGCCUGUUUAUACCAUCAGCACAGAGCGGCGCCGACAGAAUCUCAGAGACAACGUCAUUUGGAGGCCUAAUGAGGAGAUUCGAUUCUACCGUGGUGCAAGAACGGGACGAUGGGCUUCGUGAAAGGGUCGAGCGAAACGUGGAAGCUGGACAAGUUGCGGAGCAACCAAUAGAGGAGAACGGUCCUGAUGAGGGCAAUGGCUUUUGUUACUGCGAGGAUUGCGAACGACGAUGGAGGAUUUUCAAUAUCGUGUUCAUCGUCGUUAGCAUCCUGGUGGCUAUCAUCUUGAUAAUCAUCGUUUGCAUGACUCUUGGUGUUUUCAACCACCGAGCAACCAAUUCUGGAGCUCCGGUAUCCACAAACUCGUCUCUUCCUAUUACCCCUACUAUGUCACAGAACAUAAAAACUGAAUACAGCUCCCCGUCAGGAAUAAUGUCCACCACAACGUCCUCUACCUCCAGUCCGUCACCGUCACCGUCAUUGUCGCCGUCCCCGUCGCCGUCGCCGACUCCUACGCCCCAGGUCACUUUCACCACGUCUACCACCUUCAUUAGGAGCACUUUUAGAACAACAAUAUGGGUCACUACCACGAAACCGUUACCGGACCCCAUCGAUCGGAAGUCGAGUGAGAUCCCCUCCCCCACGAGUGUGGCGCCGUCGUCAACGGAGGAUGAUAAAACAACAACCAUCUACUCGCCGGUAACCACGAUUUAUCUAACGGCGCUGGCAACAAAUCCGGGAUAG